AUGGCGGCCUUCAAAAACGACAACCCCACCGUCGCGGGCCUACACGAGGCCAGUGAGCCAGCCACACCUACACCUGAGAUACCAACUUAUUCGAGCCAGUCUGUUGAGGCGUUAAAAGAUAUCCUCUAUGGUUCAACCGCUGGUAUACUGGGCAAGUUCGUGGAAUACCCAUUCGAUACUGUCAAAGUCCGGUUGCAGUCACAAUCACAUCAACCUGGCUCUCAAGCAUUAGCAGGUCCACUCGAUGCCUUUGCUGCUGCAUUCCGCAGUCCUGAAGGGCCCAUGGUGUCUCUGUAUCGGGGUAUCAGUGCUCCUUUGAUAGGAGCGGCUGUGGAAACUUCAUCCUUAUUCUUCAGCUACCGGGUUGCCCAAGAGUUGGUCAUUGCCAAUACCCCAUCCUUACGACGACAAAGGGAUCAAGGUGCGGGCAAAGUUGAAUUGCCUUUCUCGGCCCUCCUUGGUUGUGGUGCAGCCUCCGGUGCUUUUACGUCCCUGCUACUCACACCAAUCGAGCUGAUUAAAUGUAAGAUGCAAGUUUUACCUCCACCUCAGAUGGCAUCGCAAUUGGGUUAUACUCGACCCAAGGCUCCUGGUCCUUUACAACUUAUCAAGGCCGUGUUUAGGAAUCACGGUCUAUUGGGUUUCUGGCAUGGUCACAUGGGCACUUUGAUCCGAGAAACUGGCGGCUCGGCUGCAUGGUUCGGUUCUUACGAAGCCGUAAAAAUGCUCUUUCUGAAAGCUGAUUCUUCACUUUCACAAAUCUCAGACGUGAAAAUUUGGCAACAGAUGUUGGCUGGGGCAGCAGCAGGCAUGUCCUACAACUUCGUGUUUUACCCAGCUGAUACGAUCAAAUCUCGUAUGCAGACUGUGUCUGUCGACACAAUUGGAGCCAAUCAGUUGAGCUUUGUCGCAACAGGUCGACAACUGUGGCGUGAGCAGGGAUUAAGAGGAUUUUAUCGUGGUUGUGGCAUUACGGUAUUCCGGGCCGCACCCAGCUCAGCAAUCAUUUUCAGUAUUUAUGAAGCAUUACGGCGAUAUCUUGGCUGA